AUGAAGAGUCUCAAGCGGGGGCUGGCGGCUGACGCAAAUGCUGCCAACAUUGCCAGCAAAGUUUACAUCCGAUCAACUCGGAGUGGCAGGGUCCAGAAAAUUGUGAGAGAACAAUACCUGCGGACUGACAUUCCUUGUUCGUCGCAGCUAUGCUCUUCCUGCGCUGCAACAGCGGUGGCAGAUGCCAGUGGACUGGUUCCUAAAUUCAUCCUUUCGAAACGUCCGGUCGGAACCAAGGCCUUUCCCAAUGGCCACUACCUGAUGCCUGACACCAACGUUCUUCUCAGCGGCAUGGAUCUCUUUGAAGAAACGGCUCACUUCCACGAUGUGAUUGUCUUGCAAACUGUCCUAGAAGAACUCAAGAACCGGAGUCUGCCUUUGUACAAUCGACUCAUGGCGUUGACGCGGAGUGAGGAGAAGCGCUUCUAUCUCUUUUUCAACGAGUUUAGGUCGGAGACAGCUGUUCGUCGGACUGAAGGAGAGACAAUCAAUGAUAGAAACGAUCGUGCCGUGAGAACGGCUGCCUCUUGGUACACUAGCCAUUUGGCCAAGGUCACCAAGAAGCCACCUACGAUCGUGAUGCUCACCAACGACCAGGACAACAGAAGGAAGACCAAAAAUGAGGCAUUGGUUGCAUUGUCUCUGCGGGAAUAUGUUGAAGGUCUCGACGAUUCAGACCGCUUACUUGACAUGGUGAGCCAAAGUGCCGACAGCCAGGAAGCUCGUCUGGCACAGGGAGAGUUGUUCUAUCCAGAGUACUACUCCAUGUCCAGGAUGGCCACGGGUAUCAAAGCAGGCACACUACAUCAGGGCGUAUUCCAUGUCUCUCCGUACAAUUAUCUCGAAGGCACAGUCAAAGUCCCAGCGUUUGACAAGCCCCUCCUUGUUCUGGGAAGAGAAAGCAGCAAUAGAUCCAUAUCAGGCGACGUUGUUGUUGUCGAAGUGCUCCCAAAAGAGCAAUGGAAAGCGCCUUCGACCCAAAUACUCGAUGAAGAAGCGCUCAACCAGAACGACAAUCCCGACGACGAAGAACAGGAGGAGAGCGUGGUCACCGAGAGCGAACGGCGAGCCCUGCAGGAAGAGGUUAGAAAGGCUCACACUGCCGGCGCAGAAUCUCGAGCACAACCUACGUGUCGAGUGGUUGGAGUGAUGAAACGCAAUUGGCGACAGCUUGUCGGUACGAUUGACGCUGCAUCGGGAAGUGGUUCGGGCACGCGACAGACUACUGUGUUUCUGGUUCCCAUGGACAAACGCAUCCCCAAAAUCCGUAUUCGGACAAGACAAGUUGAUGAGCUUGUUGGCAAGAGAAUCGUGGCCACCAUCGACGCGUGGGAUAGAGAUACGAGGUACCCAGUCGGGCACUACAUCCGGUCCCUUGGUGAAUUGGAGACAAAGGAGGCUGAAACGGAAGCCUUACUUCUCGAGUACGAUGUGCAAUACCGGCCAUUCCCCAAGGCUGUGCUAGAUUGUCUUCCUUCUGAAGGCCACGACUGGAAAGUCCCCGCGGAUAAAGGACAUCCAGGUUGGAAUGGGCGGCAGGAUCUGCGACACCUUCUUGUUUGCUCAAUCGAUCCACCUGGCUGUCAAGACAUCGACGAUGCUCUGCAUGCUAGAAAGCUUCCCAACGGCAAUUUUGAAGUUGGUGUGCAUAUCGCAGACGUGUCUCAUUUUGUCAAGCCCAACAAUGCCAUGGAUGCCGAAGCUACGUCCCGAGGCACUACGGUAUACCUGGUUGACAAGAGAAUUGACAUGUUGCCGAUGCUUCUCGGAACAGACCUCUGCUCUCUAAAACCAUAUGUCGAGAGGUACGCAUUCUCUACCUUGUGGGAAAUCACGCCAGAUGCAGAGAUUGUGUCGUCGUCCUUUACCAAAUCAGUUAUUUUGUCCAAAGAAGGAUUCUCUUAUGAGCAAGCACAAAAGAGAAUUGACGACCCCUCUGCGACCGACGAUCUUACCCAAGGUAUGAGGACACUUUUGGCUCUUUCCCAGAAGCUUCGCCAGAAGCGCAUGGACGCUGGAGCAUUGAACCUUUCGAGUCCGGAAGUUAGAAUUGAAGCCGACAGUGAAUCGUCCGAUUCGUUGGCUGAUGUCAAGACAAAAGCACACCUCGCUACGAAUUCUCUGGUUGAGGAAUUCAUGCUUCUCGCCAAUAUCACCGUGGCCAAGAAAAUCCAGACUGUCUUCCCGCAGACUGCCUUACUCCGACGACAUGCGACUCCUCCUGCUUCCAAUUUCGCGGAUCUCAGUGAGCAACUGAAACGCAUGCGGGGAUUCGAACUAGACGUGUCGAGUUCCAAAGCAUUGGCUGAUUCGUUGGACAAAUGCAUUGAUCCCCAACACCCGUUCUUUAACACCUUGAUUCGAAUUAUGGCUACACGGUGCAUGACAUCGGCGGAAUAUUUCUGCAGUGGCUCUCAUGCUGAACCCGAGUACCGACACUAUGGGCUUGCUAGCGAGAUCUACACUCAUUUCACCAGUCCCAUUCGGCGGUAUGCCGAUCUCCUUGUCCACCGUCAGCUUGCCUAUGCGAUCGGUUACAAUGGCGAGGGCAGUGACAUUGUCGAUGAGGGGCUUCGGAACAAAGGCAAGCUGGAAAGGGUGUGUCAAAACUUGAACUUCAGACACAGAAAUGCCCAACUGGCCGGCAGAGCAAGCAUUGAGUAUUAUGUGGGACAGGCACUUAAAGCACGCGCUGAGAAAACACCUGAUGCGGCUAUUGACGUUGACGGAUAUGUGAUGCGCGUCUUUGAGAACGGAAUAGUUGUCUUUGUGCCUCAGUUCGGCAUCGAAGGACUGGUUCGCCUGGAAGAUUUUGAGAUGAAGUCUACUGAAGACUCGCGGAGGGAAAGCAAGUUCGAUGCUGACAACUACAGCUUGACGGUUUUUGAGAAAGGAAGAGAGGAGGUGUCGGUCACCGUUGACUUAUUCCAGCGGCUCAAAGUCAGGGUUAGUUCUGAGGAGAAGGGCGGUGCUAGAGAAAAGGGCAAGAGAAGGGUCAGGAUCAUUGUGUCUACGUAG